AUGGAAUUGGCAUUGAGUGAGGUGGGGUUGAAUGCCCAAAUGAUAGCUGCAAUUCACGACAUGCUGGAGUUCUCCGAAGAGCCGGAGAAGCCACAGCAGCAUUAUCAGCCGUCACGCGCAUACUUUCGCGACACGAAGGCGAUGCGGGUGACGACCGCGGACAUCCUGGAGUACCCGAACAGCUACGUGUUCGUGGUCGACAUGCCCGGGGUGAAGCCGGACCAGAUCCAGGUGCAAUUGCAGGACGGCAACAUACUCAUGGUGAGCGGCGAGCGGAGGAGAGAGAAAGAACACAAGGAUGAUGGCGUGAAGUAUAUCAAGAUGGAGAGGAGGCUCGGAAAGUUCAUGAAGAGGUUUGAAUUGCCUGAGAAUGCCGAUACCGAUUCCAUCUCUGCUUACUAUCAUGACGGUGUGCUUACUAUAACUGUCCAGAAACAGCCUCCGCCCGAGCCCAAGAAGGCCAAGACCAUUCAGAUCAAGGUUGGUUCCGGAGGACAGGCUCAGGCUCAGGCUCAGGAUGGUGGUGGUUCGCUUGAAUCCUCAGGAGCUCAGAGCGAUGGCACUGGAGAAACCCAAGGUUGUCAAGGUUAAGAAUCAAGAU